AUGUCUUCACCAACUCUGAAGCUACUCAAGUCAGAUCUGUUCAAAUCAAUCCCUGAGCAUCUGACGAACGAUGAAAGAAUAGAACUCAGCUAUCACCGCGCUUACGCGGUUGCCAAGGCAUAUGGUGAGUUUAUGCUCACAGAGGUUGGACAUGGGUUGAAUGCUCGGAACCUAGAGACAACAGCGACCUUGCUUCCAAGUGGCGAUUUCGAUAUGCAUACGCCCAACUCAAAUGCAGCAAAGCCAUUCGUCGUCUGGCUUAAUGAUGUCUUUGUGGCUGGUAAGUACAGUCUUCGCCGACGGAUAAUGAGACAAAAUAGUAAACCUGUUCCCAUCAUCUCAUUCCGCACCCAACAACUCCCUAUACUGCAUGCAUUGGCACAGAUCGCGGUCUUCGACCCAUUCGCACAAGACAGCAUCCAACAAUUCAAAAGGUCGAACAGUACGCCAGUCAUCCAGCAAGUUAUCAGCGCCACAUUCAAGGCAGUGCUAUGCCAGGCCUCCCAGCCCAUGUUCCAUGCCUUAUCCGAGCGUUGCGAAACGCGUUUCGUUUCGAUCGCGGAGAGGGAUAUCUUAGCAUUGAGUAUCAAAAUCAGCACCGAACUCCUCCUCAACCGAUACCAACCCCCGUACCCGACGAACCCAACAUGUCUCCUUGCCCAGCACGAGAAGGGUCUCUUCGAUGAGUCCCGCUCAAUACUGAAUGGCCUACAAGGAGGCCACCAUCACGCCGAAUUCAACUCGCUAAUCCUACCAAGAUGUCCAGCCCUCAUAGAGGCCAUCGGACAUCGAAGAGCCUAUGAAGCUGCCGCGAAGGCAGGCAUUGAUUCGGAUUUACUAGCCCUGUAUGAGAUUCAUGCUGUGUUGCUAGAUCCAAGCUGGUAUGUCCAACAUACCGAUAUCACUCGCGAAUCUAUCUUUCAGAAGGAGGCCCGUUUGCCGGAUACUCUGUUGCCUCGGUUAGAUACGUUACUGGAUGCCACUGGUGCUGGACCAUACUGUACGGCACCUAUUCUAUCGCAGGCUUCGUGGGAUGCUUUUGUUGAUGGGUUGGAGACGCUCGGAACAGUAAACAUGACUAAGGAUAAGGCUAGGCUUUGAUUGUAAAUGGAUUGUCUGGGGCGCUUUGUCGCCAUUGGUUGGUAUGGAGUUAGAUCAAGUUCGUGGCGGCGAGGGUCUUCAUUGCUUGAAUGCUCUUUUCAUUGCUCUCUUUACAGCCCAUUGUUGUUGACUUCAGUGAUGGCGAGAUGUUUCAGCUAGGUCAUCGUGGGAGUAGGUGCCAGGCAGUGGUAGACAUUGAACGUUUUCACUUUUAUUCAUACGUGAACGCCCC